AGAGACCAGUAGGACGCAGACCAGAACAGAGGUCAGAGAGAGACAGUAGGACGCAGACCACACCAGAGAGAGAGAGACCAGUAGGACGUAGACCAGACCACAGAGAGAAACCAGUAGGACGCAGACCAGACCACAGGGCUUCCUAAUGGAUUAAUAGCAUGACCGGUGAUGAAUUAGAAAAGGUUUGGUGAAAUCCAACAUACUAUGUGCGAUGGAGAAAUAUGAGAAAUUGUCUAAGAUCGGAGAGGGUUCCUACGGCGUGGUGUUCAAGUGCAGACACCGGGACAGCGGACAGGUGGUCGCCAUCAAGAAGUUCGUGGAGUCCGAGGAGGAUCCCGUGAUCAAGAAGAUAGCCUUGCGAGAAAUACGCAUGCUCAAGCAACUGAAGCACGUCAACCUGGUGAACCUUCUGGAGGUGUUCAGGAGGAAGAGACGGCUCCACCUGGUCUUUGAGUUCUGCGAGCAGACGGUCCUCAACGAGCUGGACAAGCACCCCAGGGGGGUUCCUGAGGGCCAGCUAAAAAGCAUUGUCUGGCAGACGCUGCAGGCAGUCAACUUCUGCCACAGACACAAUUGCAUCCACCGUGACGUCAAACCAGAGAAUAUCCUCCUUACCAAGACCGGUGUCAUCAAGCUGUGUGACUUCGGCUUUGCACGCAUUCUAACUGGUCCCGGAGAUGACUACACAGACUACGUGGCAACCCGCUGGUACCGGGCCCCUGAGCUGCUGGUGGGGGACACCCAGUACGGGCCCCCCGUGGACGUGUGGGCCCUGGGGUGUGUGUUCGCCGAGCUGCUCAACGGCAACCCCCUCUGGCCCGGAAGGUCCGACGUGGACCAGCUCUACCUCAUCAGGAAGACCCUAGGGGACCUAAUACCGCGGCAUCAGCAAGUGUUCCACUCCAACGUUUUCUUCAGUGGUGUCAGUAUCCCGGAACCCGACACGAUGGAACCUCUGGAGAAACGCUUCCAUGUGGUUUCUCCUCACGCCCUCCAGGUCAUGAAGUCCUGCCUGGUGAUGGACCCCUGCCUCAGGCUGUCCUGCGAGGCCAUCCUGGAGCUCCCCUACUUCCAGGAGGAGGGGGCCGCGCCCUGGGGCCGUGAGGGGGAGAGGCCCGGCCGAAGGAGCGACAAGGGCUCUCGCCGCAGACAGGCAGGGGCUCAGUAUCUGCCUCACCUACCAAGCAGUAACAUCUCCCCAGCCCCAGAGGUGAAGAAACAGGUCAGGCAUAAAUACCACCAUCAUCUGCCCAACAUUUAAGCUGUGGUGGACUUGGAGGAAUCUGCACACGGAGGCAAGACGCUUAACCCAGAUACAGUCCUGAUCACCCGCAGAUCUAAAGAAAUCCUCUGAGGGGAAGUGUGGAUCAUAAAGAUACAGUCAUAGUCAUACUACUCAAAACUACUAUUUUAGAUCUCUAGUAGAAAAUACAGACUACCGCUAUAAAGUAUAAAUUAUACUCGCAGUAAACCUAGUCACAUCAAAUCUACAGUUAGAGUAGCAGUAAAAACUACAUUCACAACUGUGUUGGUUAACAUUUUAUUCAGUACGAAAAAUAUAUCACAAUUUAAUGGGCAUGAUUUAUUCACAAAUUGUGUAUCCUUUCCAUGUGGUAAAAAUACCGAUUUUUGUGUUCUUGUAAGUAAAAAUAAUACUACUCCGUAUUCAGGUAUAUCAUGGAAGCCAAUGUAUGAUAUGGACAUGUAUUACCAGAUAACUAUUACAAAUUCCCCUUUUGAUGUUAUAUUUUAGAAAGGCAGACCUUCAGAAACCCAGUAAAUGCUUUUAUAGGCUAGAGUAUUACCGUUAUUUGUAAUUAGAAGACUAAUAUUAGUAUAGUUUAUACAUAUUUUCAGUGAUAAAAAAAGACGAAUGUGAUGAGUUUCAAUAAUAAAAAGAAAAAGAACAA